UAUGGCCCGGCCGGUCCGGCCCAUCUCCGUGCUAACGCCGCCUCUACCUCCCGCAGCCGUUCCCCGCCCGGCUCCGAGCAUGAAGACCGAGGAGGCUCCCUCCUGCCUGCAGCAGGCCACCCCGGUACUGGGCUUUGCGAGUGCAGAGAUGUGUGUGUGGAGUGCUGCCACAUCCAGACACUAACACUACAUGAGGUGCAGGGGGGCAGGGAGCUGGCCCCCACGUUCUCCUGUCUCGCACAUCAGCAGCAGCAGCCUGGGCAGGGCCUGUCCUUAGUAACCUGCUGCAGAUAAUCGAGGAUCGGACUCCAAAAUGCGGGAGGUUUGUGCCGGCUGUGACACGCCCAUCUCCGACCGCUUCCUCCUGCGAGUCAACGAGCGCUCGUGGCAUGAGGGCUGCGUGAAGUGCACAGCCUGUCUGCAGCCACUUUCAGGCACCUGCUACUGCCGCAACCGGCAACUGUACUGCAAGCAUGACUACGAGAAGCUGUUCCAGACGAAGUGCAGCAGCUGCCUGAAGGCUAUUGCCCCAUCCGAGUUCAUCAUGCGGGUGCUGGAGAAUGUCUACCAUGUCCACUGCUUCUACUGCUGCGAGUGCGAGCGGCGCCUGCAGCGUGGGGACGAGUUUGUGCUCAAGGAGGGGCAGCUGCUAUGCCGCAGUGACUACGAGAAGGAGAAGGAGAUGCUGAGCGCCAUCAGCCCCGCGCCCACUGAGUCUGGUGAGGGGGCUGGGCAGGGAAGAGCAGUGAAAAGCGAGGAUGAGGAUGGCAGCCACCCGCAUGGCAAAGGCGGCGAUGAAGGCAAGGACCACAAGCGCUCCAAGCGCCCGCGCACUAUCCUCACCACCCAGCAGCGACGAGCAUUUAAAGCCUCCUUUGAGGUCUCCUCUAAGCCCUGCAGAAAGGUGAGAGAGACCCUUGCGGCUGAGACCGGCCUGACCGUCCGAGUAGUGCAAGUCUGGUUUCAGAAUCAGAGAGCCAAGAUGAAAAAGAUCGCACGCAGGCAGCAGCAACAGCAGCAGCAGCAGCAGGAGCAGGAUCAGCUGGGCAAUCCGCGCUUGGGGACAGGCCGUGGCACAGGCCGCAGCAGCCGGCAGAGCAACGAUGACAGUGAAGAUGGCGCAAGUGUUCAUGGACUGGACGGGCUCAUGGUCCCCUAUCCCCGGAUCCCCCAGCAGCAGCUGCUGCCCCUGGAUCAGAACAGCUACAGCACAGACUUAUACAGACAAGGGCUCACACCGCCCCAGCUGCCAGGAGACCAUCUACAUCCCUAUGAUUCAGAAGGCGUUUUCCAUGACAUGGACAGUGACAGCAUCGGCCACUUGGGUGACUGCCUGCUGUCGACGGCCGAGGCCAGCCUCCUCCAGGCGCGCGUGGGGAACCCCAUUGACCGGCUCUACUCCAUGCAGAGCUCCUACUUCACCUCCUGACCGCGGAGCAGCUCCUGGCACCCGUGUGUGUCUCGGACCAAGGCUGCUCUGAUUUCAGGUGGCAGGGGUGGGGGUGGGGGCAGGAAAGACGAAGCAGAGCCCUGCAGAGGAGCUCCCUGAACCCUGCGCAGUGCAAGGAGGCGACUGGGUUUCCAAGCAUGUGAGCACUAAUUCAGGGGCAUCUGCAGCAGCCUGGAGGACUUCUCUGCAUUGCCUCUCUCCUCCCUUUCUCUCGUCCCACGUAGAUGGAUGGUACAAUGUUGUUUAGCUGUAACCGUAGCAGUUGUCAAGUGUUUAAGCGUCUGAGCAUCACGUCCUUCAAAGACUGGCCUGGUUGCCCAGAUGUGUUCUUGGAAGCAGCCAGCUCCUCUGUCCUGCCACCCAUGUUUGCUCAAACCCCAGCACUGAUAGACCUUGGCAGCACCCUUGUGGCCUGGCUCCUGGGAUUCCAUUCAGGCAGACCAAAGACUUGGGAUGACUGACUGACACCACUGUCAUUUUGGAGGCUGCCUUCAUGGGCCCAUGUCAGUUGGCACAGGAAGCAUUUCAGUGACUGGGAGGAACAGAGGACAGGCCAGUAUGGAAGGAAAGCUCUGUGCUUAGGGGUCCAUCCACCUCCGUGAACAAGGGUAGACUCAUCUCCUGGUACUACGCAAUGAUGCUGGGGCCACCAUGCCUGAAAGGAGCAUCUCUGUGGUCCAUCUGCCUGGAGGCCCUCUUUUUGCCAUAGGUUUCACCCCGUCCCUUUCUAGGUGGUGAAAACUUGUAAAACAGCAGUCACCAGCAUGCCUGAUUCCCAGAGCAGCAGACCCAGCAGGGAGGGUUGUGCUGCAGCUGCCAGGGAGCUGGGCGUGCUGAUGUCUUGGUACGUGCUGUCUUGGUUCCAAAGCCACCCAGCCUAGUUUCCCCAAUGCAUAAAACACUCCUCCAUGAGGAAGAAGUCACUGAAGGCUGUCCCUGCCACAGAUCUGAGGGAAGCCACCCAGGCACAUCAACAACCCAGAACCGUAGACCUGCUGCUAGCUCCCUUUGCUAUGCCAGGAAUUCCCCAUCUUCUCAAGGAGCUCAUGGAGGCAGCCUGUCACCAGGGAUGCAGAACUACAGCCCUUACACAGCUCACACUCCCAUUGCUUGCCUGUGAAUGAAGCUGUACAAACAUCCCACAGUGACCAGCAGCUGUUGCUCACUCAUUUAUAAAGCCAGACUCUAUCUGAACCAUCCCUUGGUCCCAGUGUCAGAUGGUUUUUUCCCCUUAAGGCGACUCUGUAAAUAGGUGAUAAACACUUUGUUGUUUCUUUUAGGGGGAGAAUCCUGUCCCUGGUAACUGACAACAUGUGAGUUACCUCCAUCUGAGCAGGCCAGUUCUAAAGGAAGGUUUUACCCAUCCACUCCACACCCCAUGGCUGCCGUUCCCACCUCUGCCAUGUGUCUGUCCACCCAUAAGAAACGAGACUGAAACCUCCCAGAGCUGCGUGUUUGUUUCUUUUGGUGGCUUUUUGCACUAGAGAUGGUCUCGGUUUAGAUUGUUUUGAGAGAAUGUUUCAGUGAACCAUGUGCCAAUGUGUGUGUUUCCUCCAAACACUGGAACCAGCUUCACCCACAGAAAUCCCGCCCUCGCGCUCAUUGUGACCCAGUGCUGUGAUGUGCCAGUGGUUUUGCAUGCACAUUUGGAAAUAAAAACAAACUUAAAGCUGAAGUCUAAAAGCUGCCUGAGCACAGUCGGACAAUCCACGCCCUCACUUAGCUCAGGACAGA